AUGAGGGCCAAUGGGGGCUGCAAAGUGUGCACAGCUUUGUAUGCGGUGCGCACAGACAAGCACAGGAGUGGACACGGGUCCGGCCGAGGCGCAAGGACCCUCCCGCCUCGGGCAGGCGUCCGGCCGGCUCAUGGGCACCGCCUGUCCCUCUGUCUGCAGCUUUUCCUGGAUGACUCCAAAAUGAAGAACUUCAUCACCUGUUUCAAAGACCUGCAGUUCCUGGUCACCUUCUUCUCCCGUCUGAGACCCAACCGCAGCUACGAGGCCACCUUCCCCUUCCUCUCUCCCUGCGGCAGGGAGCGCAAUUUCCUGCGCUGUGAGGACCGCGUGGUCUUUACGCAUCUGCUGGCUGCAGGCCCCGGUUCCCCGCGCCUCUCCCACUGCGGCGGCGGAUGGGCGCUGGCUGUGCCCUUCGAGCCCGAGCGCCUGCUGCCCCUGGCCACCCACAGGCGCCUGUACCACCCCGCGCCGGAACGCGCAGGGGGCGUAGGUCUGGUGCGCUGGGCCGUGGCGUCCGCGAUGCCCUCACACGUGCACUGGCAGGGCCAGCGCCUCCCCCGCACCAUGGACCUCGCCCUGAGAGUCAGGCGAAAGGCCGUGGGCCCCCAGCGACCCUCCUGCCUGUAUCGCUGCGCAUGA